UUCUAAAGUAAAAUAUUCGUAUUUUUAAUUUUAUUAUACGAGUUAUGACCAAAUAGUUUAUAAUAAUUCAGUCAAGAUUCAAAAUUAAGACUGAUUGAACUGAUCGAAGAUCAACCAAGACCACGACCGAAUUAUUACAAUAUGUCAAAAAAAAUUUUCGUCAGUGUUUAUAUUACUUAAUAUACCGUAUACAUUUUAGUAUAAUGUACUAGGUAUUUCGACUUUCGCGGCUACUAACAUUUUUAAAAAGCAUUAAUUAGUGUUCUACUGUUCUGAAUAAUUUUUAAUUUUAAACUCAGUAUACACUAUAACUGUUAACAAGUAAGCUUUUUAAAAUGAAUGAUGGUUUGUGUUGAUACACAGCUAGAUAAUUAGUACCUACUGCAGGUUGACACAACUAAUACAUUCAUAUUGCUUAAUGUAAAACAUAAUCGUAUACAAUUUUUGCGCAUUUUGACAUACUGUAAUGGGAGAUUAUUACCAACAUUUUCUUAAUAAUCAUAACAAUAUUGACCAUAUACUCGAACUGAGAUGUCCAGGUUACUAUUGUGGUCGACGAGAUUUGGGUAAUGGACGUACAAGUGAUUGUGGCUCAUGUCCAUCUGGUACAAAAGUAAAUUCAUUUCACAUUUGUCAACCAUGCACUGAUUCACCAUCGUCAUAUGAUUACAUGUAUCUCCUAUUUAUGGCAACUGUGCCUUUAUUAUUUCAUGCUGUAUACAUAGAUCUAUCUUUGUCAUCAAUUUUAUGGGCAUUCAAAGGAAAAAGUGGAAACUCUCAAAAAAAAACGAAAACGAAAAUUGUCUUAAAUAUAUCUGCAAUACUGGAAAUAUUUAUUGCAGCGGCCGUAGCAGUCUUAGUUGUUGACCCUAUUGGCCAACUAUGGAUUCGAUCGUGUCGUACACAAUGGCUAUCUGAUUGGUAUACAGUUUUGUAUAACCCAACACCAGAUUACGGUGAAUCAUUACGAUGCACUCAAGAAGCUGUAUAUCCAUUGUAUUCCAUGAUUUUUAUUUUUUAUUUCACUUGUAUAAUUGUUUUACUCACGAUACGUCCUUUGCUCUCUGCUUAUUUUGGUCUUAACAGAGGGGCCUACUUAAAAACUAUAUAUGCUGGAUUAUAUUUUUUUCCUAUAGCAGCUAUAAUUCAUGCAUUUCUAGGAGGUAUUGUUUAUGUCACCUUUCCUUAUAUUGUAAUUGUUGUGUCUGUAAUAUCAAGUGCGAUUCAUUUUGCUACAGAAAUAAAUCAGUCUGCAAAGUAUUUGAUUGUGAACACUGUAUGUGUGCCAAGAAACAUAUUGAUUGUAGCCGUACAUUGGGUCAGUCAUGGAUUUGGUAUUGUAGCUAUAACUCAGUUGGAAAAUCCACCAGUUGACUACGCUUUAUUGUUACUUGUUCCUUUACCAACUCUUUUCUAUAUAGCGACUACACGCAUAAGUGAGCCAUCAAAAAUACUUGUAUUGUACUGUAAUUAGUAAGUUAAUUGUUUCAAUUUAAAAAAAAAAGAAAAGAAAAUGAACAAAUGUAUAAUUAUUAACCAUAUUUUUAUACUGUAUAUAAAUUGUUAUAAAAUGUUAUAUAAUAAAAACAUUAGCUGUUUAGUGAGUCAUUAUUUAAUAUUUACUACUUAUCAAUAAUUAAAUGAAUUGAUAUAAUGUUGAUUUUCAAAAAACUAUAAAGUUUUAUUUUUUAAUACUCAUAAGUGUGCUGUGUGCGCCCAGAAAGUACAAAUUGUGUUCUGGCAUAUCCUGUGAUAUUUUAUCAGUUGAAAAUGCCUAUCUCAAUCAAAUUACCAAUAUAUUAAUUGCAAUACAUAUACCUUAAUUACUAAAAUCAAUAUAAGAUUAUAUUUUGAAAGCAAAUUUGAAAAAUUAAGAUAGUUCACUGGUUACACUUUACUUUUUGAAAGUUUAUAUACAGUUAAACGUAUAGAUAUGUAGUGACUAAUAUUAUACAUUAAAAAUUGUUAUGAGUUAAUUAUAAUUUUGUACUGAAACACCAAUCGUUUAAUGUUUUAUUUUUGAUUAUAUUUUAUUGAUAGCAUUAUUCAUUUAUUUUUCCUUUUUGAUUGUAUUUUAACUUUAAUGUUAACCAGCCAUGAGUCAUGACUACUAUUUCAAAAAUGAUUUGUGGUAGUGUGCAACUUGUAUUUUUCUAUUUUCUGUUCAUUACACCAGUCAAGAUAAUCAUGAAUAUAUUUUAUUGAAUUUAUUUUUAUAUUUGUAUUAUUAUUUAUUAUUUAGCAUAAUACAGUAAAAUAAAUUAUUGUUAUAAUUUAUAAAACAA